AGAGAGAAAUGAGCAGCUCAGGCAGUUCCACAAUAAGAAAUAGCCAGGAAAUUCCGGUCACUACUGCUCUCAUAAAUGAUGCUAUAAAGCAAGAGAAACGAACUAUGGGAGCCAAGCAAUUGAGUCCAAAAAAGAUGGGCUUGGCUGCCUAUUUGGAGGCCUUGAGAACGGAUAGAGUGCCUUGUUUAUUUUUCUAUCAUGCAGACGCAAUGGCAGUAGCUAUUGCUGGAGACUGGACUGAUUGGAAAACAAUUCACUUACAGAGAGAAGAAAACACUGGAGUAAAUGGAGUGAUCAUUGACGUUCCUGUUGGGACACAUAUUUAUAAGUUUGUAGCUGAUCUCGGAAACAAUGAAGAGCAAACAAGACAGUAUCUACAAUAUGGAUGGCAAUAUAGUCACGUCACUGGGGGAAAUGAAAAUGUCCUUGAAAGUCCAUAUAUGGUGAUUGUAAUAGAAAAGCCUCCGCCUCCGAGAGGAAUGAGAAGAAUAAGCUCAUCUACCAAUGAUGGUAGAACUGUGCAAAGACUCUCUCCAAGAGGCUGUUUAUGGCUGGUCUUUGCAGCAUGUUUGGGUUGCGCUAUUGGAAUUGCUUUGGGAGUUAUUCAUGCUGCAAGAACUGCAGACUACAAUACAUUGAGUAACCGAACAGUACCUACAAGUGGACAGCUGUUUGAAACUCCUUUGCCAACAAGAAACUCAGCAGUUGCUCUGGUAGCUUCUUUAUACUUACAAUUAAGUUGCACACUAUUACUCUUUGUUUUAAUGACAGAAGACUACGGAAUUCCAGGUCUCGUUGCAACCAUUUCUUUUGGAGUCACAAUGAUAUUUUCCAUAACGGGUGCCGCGUUGGAUGGAUAUACAACAAAACUGUAUAUAGAACAAUAUCACAAAUUGAGCUUUUAUAUCAUUGGCUUGUUGAUAUGUGAUGUCUUAGGAUUGUUAGAUGCAAUUGCGAAUGCCAUUCUUUCUUAUGUACUUUUAUGGCUGCAACGUGGAAACGCUAGAAGAAGAACACUCACAAAGGCAGAAAUAACUUAUUUAUUACUUGCUAUUGCGAGUUAUUUCUUAGCGGACGUGUCCAUGUCUGUUCGGGCACCUUUUGUAUCCUUGGAAAAUCCUCUACAUUUCAACGGUACCAGUAUACCAGGCACUUAUCCAAAUAACCAACAAGGACUAUCCUAUAGCCCUGAGCCAUUUGCAAAUAGUGUAGUGGGAAUCAUGACUACGGUUCUGGCUGUUAUCGUUGCUUUGAUCAUCGAGUCAUUGAUGGUCUUUCAAAUGUUUUCUCAUGACUCCCGUGCCGUAGGAUUUCGAAUAGCAUUCAUGGUUAACUGUGCAAUUCUUGGCAUCUUUUAUUUGAUUGUUGCAGGUUUGGAUAUCAAAAGUUUGUUGAGUGCCGUAAGUUAUCAAGGGAAACAACUUGGUUUUACUUCCAUCGAAGCUUUGGUUGCAUUGGAUUUUGUAGGAUGUGCUUUGGCAAUUGCACAAUCAGUAUGUUUCGGAGUAAUGAAGCCAAAAAACAAAUAAAAAUAUAUCAGUUGAAAUGAUUAUCGAAAAAAUUCUUUUGU